AGAUGUUACAUGCGAUCCUGUCGUUGCAAGGAUUUCGGUUUUAGAGAACCCCUGGAUCCACCACAGCACAUAACUAGGUCGAUCAGAAAAUACUGGGGUUUUCGUUGUACACGCCGCACUUCGCAUACUUCAAUUUAAGCUUCGACAUCUACGACUUCGUGCGGGGUCUUUUAUAUUUCUAAACGAAUUUGGAUAUUGGCUACGUACUCGAAACAGAUGAAGGCCGUGUUUUAAGACAGCAAGAGUGGAAACAGUUUGUCAGCUGUGGAACAUUGCUUUGUCAGCUUGGGAUCAGAGAGGACAUUUGAUUUGCACCUCUUUGUUUACUUGCGUGGAUAAGAGAGAUGUCGUCUUCUUGUCUAAACCAAGCCGUGUGUUCUGGAAGACUUCACCAGAUUCGUUUGCUUUUGGAUAUCGGUGUUAAACCAACCAUAGUUGACAAUGAGGGUCGUACGCCUCUUAUGAUGGCGGCAUGCGGUCCUAAGGAUUCCUUAGCGACUCGAAUUGCUCGUCUUCUGUUAUUCCGGGGAGCUCAGGUGGAAGCCGUUGACAACCAAGGAAGGACUGCUUUGUCAUACGCCUGCCAACAUGGACAUUGUAAGCUAGUUAAACUUCUCGUAGACGACGACUGCGAUAUUAAUUUGGCCGACAAGGUUGGCAAUACCCCCCUGAUGUACGCGGCUAUGUCGGGCAGUGUACCCACAUUGCGUGAAGUGUUAAAUGUCGUGUUAAAAUACAGACUUAGUGUGGAUUUGAGAAACAAGAAGGGCUUUUCUGCUUAUUUGUUAGCGGCCAAAAUGGCCAACGGCGAAUGCGCGCGGAUCCUAAAAACCGAAGCGAAUGCGUCGGUUGAUGCGCGGGACACGGAAUUUUUCUUAAACGGCAAAGAGUGGGCCAAGAAGGUUCGACGAAACUUGGAAAAAGAGAAACUUGAGAGGUCCGUGCAGAUGAAAACUCAGCGACCUCGUCCGCAGACUUCGCUGGAACUCGGUCGCGUGGACAAAGUUGCGAUUACACCGCGCAAUUCGCGGACACUUUCGCGACUAACAACCUAUAGUGAGCCCGCGGUGACUAGAAAAAUUGGCGUAGUGGAAAAGUGGGUGGUAAUUCAUAAAGACCUUGAGCGUGAUAGUGAAGGGGAGAUUACACGUGUUAAAAGUGCCUCUUCAACGUCUUACAGCAGCAGACGGAGUACCAUUCCUCCAGUAGCGCGCACACUCACGCCAGAUCUACACGCCAUAUUUAAUCAGUACGUGAUAGUUGACAAUAGGCCAGCGGUCACCGUAGCUGAUCGCAGGCCACCCUACGGCCCGUCUUCACGAAAGAUAAACGAAUUACCUGCGAGACUUUUGAUGAGAGAGGCUAGAAAUUCUCGAGUAGGCGCCAUGACCCGCAAAAAAUUUUCCAUAGCCAGAUAAAAUGUACAGGUUUUCGUCGUUCGAUGUGAUUUGUAAGUAUGAAAAAAAUAAAGCUAUGUGUGUGGGGGGACACGGCCAUAAUAAAAGGCGUUACACGAAAUUGAAAAUACUUGUGAUAUAGACGUGCUGCUUGGUGGAAAUGGAU